AUGCCUUCUCCCGGAGAGCCCAUUGCUGUGGUUGGCUCAGCCUGUCGGUUCCCAGGUGGUGCAUCGUCGCCAUCGAAACUCUGGGACCUCCUCAAGCAGCCCAAGGAUUGUCUUAGGGAGUUUCCCAAGGACCGUCUGAACCUUGAGGCUUUCUAUAACAAAGAUGGCGAGCACCACGGCGCUACAGAUGUUUGCAAUAAAGGCUACCUCCUUGAGGAGGAUAGUCGGGUGUUCGAUGCAUCUUUCUUCAAUAUCAACCCUGCUGAGGCUGAUUCUAUGGAUCCUCAGCAGCGGUUAACGCUCGAGACGGUCUAUGAGUCGCUGGAAGCUGCUGGCUACACCCUUGAGCAGAUGCAAGGUUCGUUGACUUCGGUGUAUCUUGGUGUUAUGACUGGAGACUAUCAUGAUAUCCAACAGCGAGAUAUAGAGAUUAUCAACCGCUACCACCCCACAGGGACUUCAAAGAGCAUUCUCUCCAAUCGAGUGUCAUACUACUUUGAUCUCCGCGGCCCCUCAGUCACCAUGGACACAGCGUGUUCCUCAUCCCUCGCUGCACUGCACUUUGCCACACAGUCUCUCCGUAGCGGUGAAUCAACCACCGCCAUAGCCGUCGGCGUCAAUCUCAUCUACGACGCCUCAGGCUACGUCGCUGAGUCAAAGCUACACAUGCUGAGCCCUACAUCACGCAGUAGAAUGUGGGAUGCUGGUGCAGAUGGCUAUGCUCGUGGUGAGGGUGUUGCCUCGGUCAUUCUCAAGCCGCUCUCCGAAGCUAUUCGCUGUGGUGAUCACAUCGAAUGUAUUGUGCGCGAGACGGGCAUGAACAGUGAUGGACGCACAACCGGUAUCACAAUGCCUUCAGCUACGGCGCAAUCGGCGCUUAUCCGUCGCACAUAUCAGAACGCUGGCCUAGAUCCCGUCAAAGAUCGACCGCAGUACUUUGAGGCCCACGGCACAGGUACUUUGGCAGGUGACCCUGUUGAAGCCCAAGCUAUCCGACAAUCUUUCUUCGAUGACAGUGAUGCUUCCGCGGAGACCAGUGAGAAGCUUUACUGUGGCUCUAUCAAGACGGUCAUCGGACAUACUGAAGGAUGUGCUGGUCUCGCUGGUUUGCUCAAGGCUUCUCUGGCGGUUCAGAACAGCACUAUUCCUCCAAACCUGCUGUUCAACACGCUUAACCCAUCCAUCAAACCAUUUUACGACCGCCUCCAGGUACCUACUUCACCAAUGCCUUGGCCUGAGGUUAGUCAAGGACCAAGACGAGCCAGUCUGAACAGUUUUGGUUUUGGUGGUACCAACGUCCACGCAAUCAUUGAGAACUACAUCCCUCAGGCGACAUCUCCUACACUGCCAUCAUCUGAGAAGUUCGUUGGACCAUUGGUCAUCUCAGCCGAGACAGAGCCUUCACUUGCCACGACAGUGGAAAAGUACGCAGAGUUCAUCAGGUCAAACCCCGAUAUCAACCUCGAAGAUCUGGCUUUUGUCACACAAACUCGACGAAGCACCUUUGGCAAGAGAGCUUUCUUCUCUGGCGAGAACCGCGACAAGCUCCUCGAGUUUCUCGACUCUGCUGUCGACACGUCCAAGACUGGUGCUGAGAUCGGCAUCCAGGCUCCUCAAACCUCAUCUUCUGAGCCCCCGGCCAUUCUCGGUAUCUUCACCGGUCAAGGUGCACAGUGGGCGUCUAUGGGCAGGACAAUGAUAAAAACAUCCACGCAGUUCCGCGAAUCCAUAGAGAAGUGUGAGAAUGCUCUCCGUGGUAUUCCUGAUGCCCCGACGUGGUCGCUCAAAGAGGAGCUCAUGGCGUCUGAAGAGAACUCUCGCAUUGGCGAAGCUGCUAUUUCUCAACCUCUUUGCACAGCCACACAGAUCGCCAUCGUUGAUGUCCUCGCUGCUUCAGGUGUGCACUUUGACGCUGUUGUGGGCCACUCUUCAGGCGAGAUCGCAGCUGUCUACUCCGCUGGCAUCCUCUCUGCGUCUGAUGCUAUGCGUGUUGCUUACUACAGAGGUCUCUACGCAAAGCUAGCCUCUGGACCCGACGGUGUUAAGGGCUCUAUGAUGGCUGUUGGAUUAGGCUCAGAAGAUGCCACUUCAUUCUGCGACACGGAGAAGUUCAGAGGAAGAAUUAGCCUAGCUGCCAGUAACGCACCGUCUAGCGCUACCAUCUCAGGAGAUGAAGAGGCUAUUCUUGAAGCGAAGGAGAUUCUCGAAGAGCAGAAGACGUUCGCACGCGUGCUCAAGGUUGACACGGCCUAUCAUUCACAUCAUAUGAGGGCUUGCGCGGAGCCCUAUCUCAAGUCACUGGAGGCUUGCAACAUCACUGUCAACCCCCCCUCCAACAAUUGUAUCUGGGUUUCGUCCGUUUAUGGAAACGCGGAUAUUAUGGAUGGCGAGGAGGAUAUCGAAGCUCUGGCAGGCCAGUACUGGAUUGACAACAUGGUACGACCAGUCCUCUUCUCUGAGGCAUUGGAGUGCUCGCUCUGGAGAGCUGGGCCUUUCAACCUCUCACUCGAGAUUGGUCCACACCCAGCUCUCAAAGGCCCAGCUUCGCAGACUAUGAAGACUGCGUUGGGCCAUGUUCUGCCAUAUGCCACAUUCCUUCGCCGUGGCUACAACGAUGUCGAAGCCUUCUCUGGAGGUAUUGGCUACAUAUGGGCAUACCUUGGGUCCGACAUGGGCUUUUCUGGGUACUACCAAGCUAUGCAUGGCUCAAAAGCAAAUAAGCCAAGGAUGAUCAAGGGUCUCCCAUCGUAUACUUGGAACCACAACAAAGUCCACUGGAAGGAGUCCCGUAUCUCCCGUCGCUAUCGUCUCGCCGAUCGAGCGCCACACGAACUGCUCGGUCGUCGCACUCCAGAUGACUCCGAGUAUGAAGUUCGCUGGCGCAACGUCCUUCGCCUCAACGAGCUUCCUUGGAUUCGCGGCCACGCUUUCCAAGGUAUGGCACUGUUCCCGACCUCUGCGUACAUGGCCAUGGCUAUUCAAGCUGCCAUGGAGAUCGCUGGCUCAAAGCCUGUGAAGCUGAUCGAGAUUCGUGACCUUGUCAUCCCAAGGGCGUUGACGAUUGAGGAGAAUAACCCUGGCAUCGAGUCCAUCUUCUCCGUCAAGAGAACAGGCAGUAUUGACGAGGAUGUCUUCCAUGGAGAGUUUUCGUGUCAUACUUGUCCCAGCGAGGCUGAGGGGACUCUCGAGAGGAACUGCACUGGUUCCAUCACUAUUGACUUUGGUGAGCCGUCUGAUCACGACCUUCCCCCUCGAGCACCUGGCAAGUCAGGAAUCAUACCUGUUGGUACCGAGGAGUACUACGACUCUCUUCUCAACAUUGGCCUUAACUACCAGGGACUUUUCCGAGGCCUCAAGUCAGUCGAGAGAGCCAUGGGCUAUGCUACAACAAAGGCAUCAUGGCAAAAGUCCGAUGUUGGCGAUGCGUAUGUUAUUCACCCUGGACCAUUGGACGUAGCUUUCCACUCCAUCAUUGCAGCCAUGUGCACUCCCUUGAGUGGAGCUCUCUGGGCGCCUUACUUGCCAGUCAAGAUCGACAGACUAGCGAUCGCUCCCAACACCAACUACGAGGGCGUCCUUGGGGAGGUCAACUUUGACGUAGACACAUUCAUCACCGAGACUACUUCCAACACAUUCAGAGGAGAUGUCCACAUCAUUAGCCCCGACGGCAGGACAGGUCUGCAGGCAGAGGGUCUGACUCUGAAGCUCUUCACCGAAGCAAGCUCUUCUGAUGACCGACACAUGUUUUCCAAAACGAUCUGGCGCACAGAUGUUCUGGACUCUUCACAGAACCUUGAUGAGAUCAACCCUGACCAAGAAGAGUUGGCUCUAGCAGAAGCCAUCGAUCGUACGUCUCUGUACUACAUCAAGAAGAUCUUUGACCAUCUAUCAGACUCUGACGUCGAGAACUGGAAGUGGUUCCACAAGGCCUUCUACAAAGCUGCCAAAGAGACUCUGCAGGAGGCAAAGGAGGGGAAGCACCCGACCGCGCAACCGGAGUAUCUCAACGACACCGAAGAGCUGAUCAUAGAAUACAAGCGCAAAUACCCUGAUCAGGCUGAUCUAAAGCUCAUCCACGCAGUGGCGGACAACCUGGUCGAUGUCAUGACCUCCGAUACUCAACUCUUGGAGGUCAUGCUCGUCGAUGAUAUGCUCAGUAAGCUUUACACCGAGGGCAGAGCCAUGCAACCGUUGAACAAAAUCGUCGCCGAGCUUUUCCAGAACCUCUCCCACAGAUAUCCCCGUCUCAACAUCCUCGAGAUCGGAGCUGGUACAGGCGGUACAACGAACUCUGUCCUCAACGCCAUCGGAGACGCAUAUGGUCGCUACACAUACACCGACAUCUCAGCUGGUUUCUUCGAGAAUGCCAAGAAGCGCUUCCAUGCGCACAGCAAACGUCUGGACUACAAGGUCAUCGACAUUGAGAACGAUCCAACCGGCCAAGGCAUUCCUGAGGGAAGUCAGGAUGUUAUCCUUGCGGCUAAUGUCCUACACGCCACUCGCAACCUUAACGAGACGAUGGCCAAUGUAAGGAAAUUGCUGAAGCCGGGUGGUUAUCUUAUCAUGGUGGAAGUCACCGGCCACUAUCUGCAGAUGAUGUUCCUCAUGGGCGGUUUGCCCGGUUGGUGGCUUGGUGUUGAUGAGGGGAGAGCUCGUGGGCCUGGUAUUGGAUUGACUGAGUGGGAUGAGAUACUUCGAGACACGGGGUUUACUGGAGCGGAUAAGUACGUGACAGAUCUGCCCGACUCUCUCAAACACGUCUGCUCCGUUAUCGUAUCACAGGCCACCGAUGACAGAGUCGCUAUGCUGCAGGAGCCCAUCUCAUUCCUUGACGAGAUCCCACUAGAGCAGCGUCUUGUCAUCAUCGGAGGCAAGACUCUACCCAUCUCCCGCGUUGUCAAGUCCAUCCAGCGUCUCGCCUCGCGCGUCGCAGACCAAGUCAUGGUCGUCGACAGCAUCGAUGCCCUCACAGAGAAGCACUUCAGUGCCAAUACAUCUGUCAUCUGCAUCGCUGAGCUCGAAAAGCCCAUCUUCGCCACUUCCGUCACCCCGGAGCGUCUGCGCAAGCUUCAAGAUCUAUUCUCUCAUGCAUCGCAUACUCUCUGGCUCACAUCCGGUCGUCUUGACGAGAAUGCCUACGCCAACAUGACAGUUGGUCUUGGACGCGCUAUCAUUAAUGAGCUGCCACAGCUGAACCUGCAGUUCCUUGAUGUUGCAAAGGCGUCUAGUGUGGAUGCCAAUGCGGUGAUUGGGGCGUUCUUGAAGCUCAAGCUUGGCAAGUCGCCGGAUUUUGUCAACACGCCGCUACUGUGGUCGACGGAGCCGGAGCUUUUGCUGAGGGAUGGAUUGUUGCAGAUCCCGCGUGUUGUUCCUGAUGUGGAAAGGAAUCAGAGGCUGAACUCGCUUCGACGAAGAAUCACAAAGGAUGUUUCCAUUGAUAAGACUGAAGUGGUUGUGGCUGCUACCGAGGGAGGACUGUGUCUGGAGGAAACAGCGCCUUGGCUCAGGAUUGCAAAACAACCAGAGAGUAGCGACAAUAUUGCUCUACGGGUUGAACACUCUAUUGCACUACCAUUCAACGAGGAACAAACCCCAGUUCUUUGUGUUGGUAAGAGCCAAGAUCAAGUCAUGGCUGCUCUUAGCCCCCACUACAGCUCAACUGUCUCCGUCCCAGCGAGCGAGGCAGUGGUUAUUUCUCAGAGUCAGAGCCAGGAGGAACAAGUUGAAGUUCUGGUGCAAACCUCUGUCAACUUGACCGCCUCUUUGAUCCUGUCGUGCAUCUCGUCGGCCGUGCCCACAGGGAAGAACGGCAACGUGCUUAUUUACGGCGUCAGCACUGAUCUUCUCAAAGCCUUGGACGCACACAGUUCGAACAAACUCGUCUUCGCCAAUUCUGAGACACAGCCUGAGUCAUUCUACAUCCACCCUCGAGCAUCCAUCAGAGGUAUCAAGAACUUGCUGCCCCGAGGUAUCACCCAUGUGGUCGAUCUAUCCAGCACAGGCAACGAACAGAUCAAGCAACACCUUGUCCACUUAUACGAAGCUGUCAAGGUCUCAUACAGCACAACCCUCGCUUCCAACACCAGCGAGUUGCUCAAGACCGCAUAUGAGACCCGUCAGCAGUCUUCUCUUAUCUCUACGCCAUCAAUUGUCGCUGUCCAAGAUAUCCCCAGCCUACCGACCCUACCAUACCAACGCACUGUGGUAGACUGGACCAAGCCGGAGCCUGCGUCUGUCAACAUCCGCUCUAUCAGUGGAGAGGGCCUAUUCUCACCCAACAAGACAUAUCUCAUGGUCGGUCUCGUCUCGGACUUUGGCCGAUCCAUUUGUCGCUGGAUGGUCGAAAACGGCGCCAGGUAUAUCGUCCUCACCAGCCGCAAAGCACAAGUCGACUCGCAAUGGCUCAAAGAGAUGGAAGACCUUGGGGCUAUUGUUAAUGUUUACCCCAUGGAUGUCUCGAAGCGAGAGUCGGUACAAGCAGUCUGUGAUACCGUCAAGAGGGACCUCCCACCUAUUGGUGGCGUUUGCAAUGGUGCCCUUGUCCUCAAAGAUGGGCUGUUCAUCAAGAUGGAGGCUGAUGCAUUGAACGACGUGUUUGCACCAAAGGUCGAUGGCACCAUUCAUCUUGACGAGAUCUUCUCUGAACCAGAUCUUGACUUCUUUAUCCUAUUCUCUUCAAUGAGUUCCGUGGUCGGAAACGCAGGACAGGCGAAUUACAACGCAGCCUCUCUGUUCCAAGCUGCUAUUGCACAGCAGAGGCGUAAAAGAGGCCUUGCCGCUUCUGUCAUCUCUCUGGGCAUGGUCGCUGAUGUAGGCUACAUCGCCGCCAAGGGGCCAACACUAAUGGAGAGACUCAAGAAGGCGUUCUAUAUGCCCAUCUCCGAGUCUGAUGCCCACCAGAUCUUCGCAGAAGCUGUUGCAGCUAGCAAGCCACACGGUAAUGGCGAGGAGACUGUUGAGAUGGUUUCAGGUAUCCAGCCGUUCAACUUCACCGCCUCCACCAAGGCUCGACCUCCUUGGGUCAACAACCCUCGCUUCUCACACUUUGUUCGCGAGGAGGAGAGCAACGCUGAACAGGAUGACGCUCGAGGAAACCAAAGUAACGUCCGGGUGCGUGAACAACUGGACGCUGCGACUUCAGAGGACGAGGCUGCGGCUGCUCUCCUUGCUGCAUUCAGAGUCAAGGUUGAGACUAUGCUGCAGAUGAGCGCGGGCAGUCUCAACGUUGAGUCAUCAUUGCUGGAUGUUGGUAUUGAUUCGCUGCUGGCUGUUGAGAUCCGCUCAUGGUUCCUCAAGGAAGUCCACGUUGACGUCCCUGUUCUGAAGACACUCAGCGGCGACAACGCGAAGGAUAUCUGCGCCGAGGCUGCGAACAAGUACCUCUCAGCUAAGAUGCAAGAGGGCAAGGCCGAGGCCGAGGGAAGCAAGCUGGAGUCAACAGUGAACGGUUCUCCCACUACAGGUUCCAGCGUUGACGGAAGCUCAAGCCCUGUCAGAUCAGGAGACACGACACCACCAAGUACAGUAGGAGACACAGAGAGCCAGGAGGAGACGAAGCCGGAGAAAGUGAUUGAGAGAGUUGAGAAGCUAUCAUAUGCGCAGUCGAGGCUAUGGUUCCUAAGCCAGUUCUCCAAAGAUGCCACUUCCUACAACAGUGUUUACGUUUACACCGCCAAUGGCAAUAUCCAGCUUGCGCGGUUGAAGAGAGCCAUUUCUAUAAUCACAGCGCAUCACCACUCGUUACGAACGUGCUUCUUCCCUAGACCUGGCACGGGGGAGCCUGUUCAGGCACUUCUUGCUUCGCCGAGAGAUUGCUUCAAGCAUGUAAAGGAUGGAGAUGGAGGCGCUCUUGACCGUGAAGUUGAGAUUUGGCGCAAUCACAUAUGGCAGUUAUCUGGGGGUGAUGUCCUGAGGGUCAUCCUCGUCACGCAUGCGCCCGAAGAACACUCCCUUAUCAUUGCUUACCACCACAUCGCCUUUGAUGGCGUAAGCAUGCACAUUUUCCUUCGCGACCUCAACGCUGUGUACAUGGGAAAUAAGCUCGACACCUCAGCGAAGCAGUACAUGGACAUAUCUGCCGAGGAACGUUUUCAGAUUGAGAGCGGCAAUCUCGAUGAGCGAAUCGCGUACUGGACGCAGAUGCAUACACCAUCAGCAGACACGCUGCCUCUAUUCCCCUUCGCCCGUGUAAAGUCACGUCCUCUCCCCGAGAGCUAUCGCAAUGUUGAGUCCUUUGCCGAUAUUGGACAUGAGCUGUCGGCCCAGGUCAAGCGUGCUAGCCACGCUUUGCGUGUCACCCCAUUUUACUUCUACAUCACAGCCCUUCAAGCACUGUUUAAUCGUCUUCUGGGCGUUGAGGAUCUCUGCAUUGGUGUCACGGACGCCAACCGUACGGAGAAGAGCUCCCAGGCCAUCGGAUUCUUCCUCAACCUGCUACCUCUUCGCUUCACCGUACAGAAAGACGUCGCCUUCACAGAUCUUGUCAAAAGAACAGCCGGGCAGUACCACACCGCGCAAACCAACUCGGGUGUCCCAUUUGACGUAGUUCUAGAUAGGGCAAACGUACCACGCGAGUCGACGCACACGCCGCUAUUUCAAGUCGCUAUGAACUAUCGUCAAGGCAACUUCUCCAAGAUCCCGCUAGGUGGCUGCACCCUUCAGGUGAAGGAAGGUCUGGAUGCUCAGAGUCCUUAUGAUCUGGCAUUCAGCAUCACGCCCAAUAAUGAUACAACCUUUGUGCAGAUCGUCGCCCGCGAGGACCUUUAUGAGAGAGAGGGCACGGAUACUUUGAUGAGCGCGUACUUGGCUCUGCUUGAGGAUGCCUCAAAAGAUGUGAACAAAAAGCUCGAAAGCUACAAUCUCUAUGAUCAAGGGAGCGUUGAUAGAGCGCUUACAUUAGGGAAUGGUGGUAUUAAGGACUAUGAGUGGCCGUCAACACUUACAGAAAAGGUGGAACAGGCGAUGAGAAAUAGUGGGCAGCGCGUGGCCAUCAAAGACGCUGACAUGGAGGUAACUUACGCAGGGCUUGCCAAAAUCACCAACAACCUCGCGUCAGUUCUCUUGUCGCAACUGCAGCCCGGUUCAUCAGUCGCUGUUCUCUGUGAGCCAACGGUGGCCUGGGUCGUAUCUAUGCUGGUAGUUAUCCGCGCAGGAAUGAUCUACAUCCCUCUUGAUGGCAAGCUACCCGACGAGCGUCUUAAUGCUAUCCUCGAGGCCAGUAAGCCUGAUUUGAUCCUUUGCGAGGACAACACAGAAGAGCGCGCUCAGGGAUUGGCUGGCAAUGUACCUGCCUUGUCUUCAGCCAGUGCAUCUGGAAACUCUGAGGCCCCCAACAUGGAGCGUGUCGACGACGCGAACUUUAUACUCUUUACCAGCGGUUCAACCGGUACUCCCAAAGGUAUCAAACUCUCAUCCAGAGGAAUCAUCAACUACGUUGCGACAAAGAGUUCCAAGCUUUCUCUCGGUAGUGAAGUGGUUCUUCAGCAAAGUGCUUUAGGCUUUGACAUGUCCCUCGCGCAAGCCUUUAUGGCGCUUACCCUCGGUUGCACAUUAAUCAUUGCCCCUGCAGCCAGUCGUGGGGACCCCCAAGCUCUAGGGAAGCUGAUGGCGGCCGAGCAGGUCACCUUCACGUUGGGAACUCCCACUGAGUAUCUUAUGCUGAUACGCCAUGGAGGUGAAGCUGUUAAGGCGGGAUCGUUCUGGAGGAAUGCUACUUCAGGCGGUGAGGCCAUCACUGCACAGCUGAAAGCUGCUUUCAGGUCGUUGCAUAACGCUCCUGUCCUGACAGAUUGCUAUGGUCCCACCGAGAUAUCCUGCUGUGCCACGAUGCAGACCGUCGACAUCUAUAGUGAGAAGGAAGGGGAAGCAAACUCCUCUGGGAAGGCCAAUCCUAACACGUCGAUUUACAUCGUCGAUGAAAGUGGUCACAGCGUACCUCAAGGCAUACCUGGCGAGAUUUGCGUUGGCGGAGUGGGUGUUGCCCUGGGCUAUCUCGACAAAGACAUUUCGGCGCAAAGAUUCGUCACAAACCCUUUCGCAACGCCCGAAGAGACAGGAAGAGGCUGGACCUAUAUGUACCGAACCGGUGAUAAGGGCCUCAUUCGUUCCGACGGUGGACUUCAGUUUCUGGGUCGCAUGGAAGGUGAUACAACGAUCAAACUUCGAGGACUUCGCAUCGAUUUGGAUGAUGUCGCCAAUACCAUGCUACGAGAGGGUAAAGGAUCUAUCGCAGAUGCUAUCGUUACGGUCCGAGGCGAUCCAGCAUUCCUCAUGGCACAUGUGGUGCCCGCUCCAGGCUCAUCCGCUAGUAGUGAAGAUUUGCAGCGAUUGGCAAACUCGCUACCACUGCCUCAAUACAUGAAACCAGCGAUUGUCACCCCGCUGGAACAUCUGCCACUGAGCAACAAUGGGAAGAUCGAUCGUCGCGCAGUUGAAGCCCUAUCACUACCUACUCUCACAUCCUCAAGCAAUCCACAAAACCUGGUCGCAUCAAGAAGAAAGCCAACUUUGGCCGAAGGAGAAAUGAGACUCAUUUGGCACAAAGUUCUCUCCCAGACUGGACUUACCAGCAGCUCAAAGCUAGAGCCUGAAACAGACUUCUUCCACGUUGGUGGAAACUCGCUACUUCUUGUCAAGCUGCAAAGUGCCAUCCAGACGUCUAUGGGUGUUUCUCUCUCUCUUAGGGAAAUGUAUCGCUCUAGUACAUUGGAGGGAAUGACUGGAAUUGCCACGGAACGGGUUAGUGACGACUUUGUGUCCGAGAAGAUUGAUUGGGAGGCUGAGACAGCUUUGCCUCACUCUAUCAACAUCAGCGAACUCCAGCCACUUCCUCUGAGGACAGAUCGCGGGUUGGAGAUACUCAUGACGGGGUCAUUAGCUUUCCUGGGUAGCAGAAUCUUACGAUCGCUACUAGAUGACCCCGCAGUCGCAAGAGUUCAUUGCAUCGCUAUCGAUCCAGACUCGAUGGAUAACCACAUCAAGGAUGACUGUGUCACAGUAUACCCUGGCAGCCUGAGCGAGAUAAUGUUCGGCCUCUCAAACGAUACCUACCACCAGCUUCAAAAGACCGUCGACGCCAUUAUCCUUGCCGGGUCAGAGGGCCAUUGUCUAAACAACUACUCCACCCUCCGUGCGCCAAACGUCACUUCAACACAACAAAUUGGUCGUUUUUCAUUAAGUCGUCGGAUCCCCAUCCACUACAUCUCUUCCAACCGUGUCACCCUACUAGACGACAGCGCAAAUGCUGCUCUGCCACCAAUCAGUGUCAAAGACCAUUGCCCACCGGUAGAUGGAAGCGAAGGGUUCACGGCAGCUAAGUGGGCUAGCGAGGUAUUCCUCGAAAACCUAUCCGCCGCAGCGACGAAGUCAUCCAGUAGUGACCAUGGCGAAUACCUUGCGGUGACGAUUCAUCGACCCUGCGCUAUUGUUGGAGAGGAAGCUCCCAUUGAAGAUGCCCUCAAUGCGUUAUUGCGAUACUCUAAGCUCAUAUCCGCUGUCCCGAAUGUUAGUAAGCUCAACGUCAACGGCUACUUCGACUUCCUCCCCGUUGAAAGUGUCGCCCGCGAUAUAGCGGCAUCGGUUGUAUCUUCACAGACCGCCCGGUCAGGUGUGGACUUCCGACAUUACUCUAGUGGAACGAGAGUAAUGCCUGAGGAGUUUGCUUCUUAUAUGCAAAAGAAGUAUGGCGGUGAGUUCAGGGAACUCGAGUUGGAGGACUGGAUUGAAGAGGCGAGAAAGGAGGGUAUUGAGGAGUUGAUUGUGCUGUAUUUGCAGGCGAUCGUUGAAAGGGAAGGAAGAAUAACGUUCCCUUAUAUGGGAAAUACUGUUUAG